UGUCAGCGGGGACCCACGUUCCCGAUCGAUAUGGGCGGCUGAGGCGGCCUGGCCGGGGCAGGAGUCUCCCGUCGCGGUGCCGCCCGAGCGCCGAGCAGGACCGUGAUGCAGGUGUCGGAGGAUGCGUGUGCCCAGCUGGAGGAUGAGCUGCUCUUCUGCGAGGAUUGCCGGCUGUACUUCCGGGACACCUGCCCCCAGCAUGGGGUGCCCACCUUCAUCGCCGACUCGCCCGUGCCAGCCCGGGCGCCCUCGCGGGCCCUGCUCUCCCUGCCCCAAGGGCUGCUGGUGAAGGAGCGGCCCCAGGGCGGGCUGGGCGUGUGGAGCGCCCUGCCUGCCCUGCCCCGCGGCUGCAUCUUCGGCCCCUACCAGGGGGAGGUGGUGCUGGAGCACGGGGAGUGCACCCUCUUCUCCUGGGCGGUACGGGAAAACGGCUCCUAUUUCUACAUUGAUGCCUCUGAUGACUCCAAGUCCAGUUGGAUGAGAUACGUGGCCUGCGCCUCCACGGAGGAGGAGCACAACCUGACGGUGUUCCAGUACCGCGGGCGCAUCUACUACCGGGCCUGCCAGGCCAUCGGUGCCGGCGCCGAGCUGCUCGUCUGGAUCGGGGAGGAGUACGCCCGCACCCUGGGGCUCCAGCUGGGGGCGCAUUUCAAGUAUGAGUUUGGGGAGAAGGAGCUGCUGCUGAAGAUGUUCCAGGACCUGCAGGCCAAGCCCCCCGAGCCGGCGCCCACCGCCACCCCCUACCUCUGUGGCGACCUGGCCUCUCCCGGGGGGCACUUGCGCAAGGCUGGCCCCCCGGCCCCGGCUUUCCCGCUGCUGGAGGGCACCCAGAACCUGGUGGGGCUGGGCCGGGCCCAGAGCCGCUACUGGACUUUCUUUGGCUUCCAGGGGGACGCCUAUGGGCGCAUCCUGGAUAAAACCAAGAUCAUCUGCAAGCUCUGCGGGGUGCGGCUCUCCUACAGUGGCAACACCACCAACCUGCGCCAGCACCUCAUCUACAAGCACCGGCAGGAGUACAACCAGCUGGUGGGGGCGCCGGACCCGCCCAAGGGGGCGCUGCCCCCUGCUGCCCCCCUGGCCAGGACCACCCGGGCCGUGGCCGACUUCCUGGUCUGGGAUCUGAUGCCGCUGGAGGUGGUGGAAGGGGAGGGCUUUGGGCAGAUGCUGAACGCCCUGGACCCCGGCUACAAGCCGCCAGCCGCUGCCUUCCUGGCCCACACCCUGCUGCGGGAGCGCCACCUGCAGGGCCAGGCCAAGGUGAUGGCGCUGGCACGGGGGCUGCCCCACUGCGCCCUCAGCCUGGACCUCUGGCCCCACAGCCCCAGCCUCUCCUACCUCACCCUCACCCUGCACUAUGUGGACGACACCUUUGAGGCCUGUGCGCGGGUGCUGGGCAGCCGUCCCGUGCCGGAGGAGCCGACCCCCGAGAGCCUGGCGGAGGCGCUGGGCUGGGCAGCGGAGGAGUGGGGGGUGAGGGAGAGCGGGACCUACGCCGUGGGGCCCCACGGACCCGCUGCCCGGCAGGCGGCCGCGGCCCUGGGCUGGCAGGCCCUGCCCUGUGUGGGGCAGGCCCUGGGGGGUGCCACGGAGGCCGUGCUGGCCCUGCCGCCUAUCCGGAGCGCCCUGGAGCGGUGCCGGCGCCUGGCAGUGUGGGCGCUGGCCGUGCCAGGCCGCGCCGAGGAGCCCCUCCUCCGGGCUCAGCUCAAGCGUUUCCUGCGGGACGGGGCCCAGUGGCAGAGCGCCCACGGGCUGCUGCACGGGCUGCUGGAGCAGGCUGAGGCGCUGGGCGGGCUGGGGCCCCAGGAGGAGCCAGCCCUGCGCCCCCAGGACUGGGCCGCUCUCCAGGACGCAGCCGACGUCCUCAAGCCCCUGGCGGUGGCCGCCUCCACCUUCACAAAGGAUCCCUUCGCGGGGCUCUCGCUGGUCAAACCCGUCCUCACUUCCCUGCUGUACAAGCACCUGGCGCCAGGCGAGUGGGACUCAGAGCUGGCGCGGGCGGCCAAGGGGGCGGCCCACCGGGAGCUGAGCCGGCGCUACGCCGAGCCCGAGGUGGAGCGCGCCCUCAACCUGGCCUGCGCUCUGGACCCCCGCUUCCGCAGCCUGGACUUCCUGAGCCCGCCUGACCGCGUGGAGACCCUGCGGCUGCUGGCGCUGGAGGCUGCCCGCCUGGCCGAGGUGCCCGGCGCCAGCCCCUCCCCGCCGCCCCCCAAGCAGCCCCGGCAGGACUCGGCCAUCGAGUACCUGCUGGGAGACCUGUGCAGCGUGCGGGGCGGCGCCGGGGUGGCCUCGGUGCAGCAGCGGGCAGAGCAGGAGUGCGCCAGCUUCCAGACGGCCGGGGCCUCCUCCCUGGGCCAGGAGCCCCUGCAGUGGUGGAAGACGCAUCAUGCCCAGUACCCGCUGCUGGCCCGGGCGGCCCGCCAGCUGCUGUGCGUGCCCGCCACAGCUGCCCCCACCGCCUGGCUCUUCGGGGAGGCCGGCCAGGCCGUCUACAGGAAGCGGGCGGCCCUGGCGCCGGAGCACGUCGACAUGCUGCUCUUCCUGCAUGGCAACCGGGCUGUGCUCUGAGCUGGGGCAGGGGAGCCCGGCUGGACCGGCUGCCCUGGGGGGGGGGGACCCAAGGCUGUACCUCCUGCUCUGGGGGAGACCCUGAGCUGUACCUUCUGCCUGGGGGGGAGGUAGGAGACCCCAGGCUGUACCUCCAGCCUUUGGGGGGGGAUCCCAGGCUGUAUCUCUUAGGGUGGAGUAAGGGAUCUCAGGCUGUACCUCCUUCCCUGGGGGGGGAACCUGGGGUGUACCUCCUGCCUGGGGGGUUGCGGGGUAGGGGAUCCCAGGCUGU